AUGUCAGCAAACACAUACGCCACAUAUCCGCCAGAGUUGAGCGAAAAUGAGAAGACAUACCUCCUCUCAAACCUGAAAGAUUGGUCGAUCGCCCACGGACUGGCGGUUCGACCAACCCCGGCAUAUGUCUCUCCGGAACAGGACCCGACGGGAGCAUUGGCGACCUCUGCACCGGUGACAAUCUUUCCGAGUCUGUUCCCGAAGGGCUGCUUCGAACAGGCAACGUCCGUUGUCAAGGCGUACAAUGAGCUGUACUCCGCUAUCGCGAGCGACGAGGGAUGGCUGACCGGGAUCGUCGAAGAACUCGUCGAGAUUGAUGAUUUCAUGGCCGGGCUAUGGAAAGUCCACCUUGCCGUCAAGGCCGAAGGUUAUGCUCAGUCAUUACAAUUGGGACUUUUCCGUUCGGACUACAUGGUACACGUCGAUCAGUCGGCCUCUUCCAAAGCGACAGUCAAGCAAGUCGAGUUCAAUACUAUUGCCUCAUCGUUCGGUGGUCUUUCAAGUCAGGUGUCGGGGCUUCACAGACAUCUCCUUUCCAUCGAUGCUUAUCCGGAGACGUCGUCCACAAUCAAUGAGUCGUCCCUCCCAGCCAGCGAUUCAGCCGCUCUCCUGGCGACUGGCAUGGCCAAUGCACACAAAGCGUACGGAUCUUCCUCGACUGGUCUCCCCACUUGCGUGAUCUUCCUCGUACAAGACCCUGAGCGGAACGUCUUCGACCAAAGACAUGUGGAGUACUCUCUGAACGAAAAGCACGGCGUCCGGACAUUCCGCUUACCGUUCGACCGCGUGCUACAAGACACGAAAGUCGACAAGGACCGAAAGUUGAUCUACUCACCACCACAAAACCCGAAGAAGCAGUACGAAGUCUCCGUCGUCUACUUCCGCGCCGGCUAUGCACCGACAGAAUACACCUCGAAAGCCCACUGGGAUGGCCGACUACAAAUCGAGCGAAGCGCCGCGAUCAAAUGCCCAACAGUCCUGACACAACUUGCGGGCACGAAGAAAGUGCAACAAGUCCUCGCCACACCGCACUCUCCACAUCUCGCCCGCUUCCUACCAGAUGAGCAACAAGCGACAUCCGUGCUUCAAACCUUCGCUCCAAUUUACCCGCUCGACAAAAGCGAAGCCGGACAAGAAGCCCGUAGACUCGCCACCAAUCCCGAAACGGCCGUACGCUACGUCCUCAAGCCCCAACGUGAAGGCGGCGGCAACAAUGUCUAUCGCAAAGCCAUUUCGGACUUCCUUAAAACCCUACCGGAAUCCCACUGGCCGGCGUACAUCUUGAUGGAAAUGAUCGAGCCGCCCGAGCAGAGCAAUACCAUUUUCCGCAACGGCGAAUUACAGACUGGUGGUGUGAUCUGCGAGUUGGGAAUCUACGGCGCUUGCUUGUGGGAGACCACGGCGGAAGAUGGACAAAGGAAGGUUCUGGAGAAUUUUGAGGCGGGCUAUUUGCUCCGCACGAAGGGCGAUCAGAGUGAGGAGGGUGGUGUGGCGGCGGGCUUUGGGUCGGUGGAUAGUCCUUGUUUGGUGGAUUUGUGA